GUACAUCGUUGAGCCUGACGUUGUGCGGAGCAGGACCUCCAAAGAGUGAACCGUAAAGGAACCUGCCCGCUCUCGCUUUUUCCUCCUUUUUUAUCCGUUUCUGGGUUUGACAGAUUUUAAACCUGCGGCAUUUCUGUUCGCUUUGUCUGGACCGUAAAACUCCCCCUGACAGACCCAAAAAUGGAGAUAGAGCGGGAAUUAAAAAAGGUAAGUUUUCCUCCUAGUGUAAGCUAGUCCGUAUCGCAGACUGACCCGGGAACGCCCUGGAAAGGUGUGCUGAACCCGGGGCAGGUGGAGAGAAAAGUUACGACAUCCCAGACAGACUUUUCCGCUACUUUCCUGCAUUUACUGUCAUUCAUUUAUUGUGUAUUUUGCUUUGAUCAACCUCGUAUCUUUUUGUUUUUUCUUUACUUUCCUUUUCGGCUCAGAACCAGCGAUAUGAACGCAACGCCGAACUCCGUUUGUAUUGUAAACAAAAUACUUUUAGCCUUCAUUGAACAAGAGCAGCCAACUCUGUAACUAAUUUGCAGUAAUGAACAAGAACAUAAAAGAGUAGUGCAAACUUCGGCGUCAAUAUUCUGCAUAAAAUAGUGGUAAUAUUUUACAAUAUUGAACUUUUAGAAGUAGUGCGCACUGAACUCUGCUGUCAACAAUUCUUGUUCUCGCACUUAAAUGUCGUGAUGUUUAAAGUUUAAUCUACCUGUUUCAGAAAAGCCAGGCGUUAUUCUGGUAAUUUUACAAACGCCGAAUUUUAAAACUUCUCUUAUUGCAGCAUAUUUGCGAUAAAGUUAUGUUAUUGUUUAAAGUAUUAUGGCAUUUUAGCGAAAUGAUGUUAAACGUGGAGAGAUCUCAAAGAGGUUCUGACAAACAAAAGAGGAGGCGGUUACAAAUGUUCAAGGGGUUUUUUAAACAUUGCAGUGCUAACUACUUACACAUGGUUUACAUGAAGAAUAGAGAGGGACGUUUGUAUAGCUGUUUGUUCAUACAAGACAAGAGUUAAGUUAGAUGUACAUCAUUGCAGGGCAUGUGCUGCAUUCAUUGCAUUCCCUCUGGUCAGUCAAUUUACAACCCCUGGAUGAAUUUCUUUUGCAAUGUUAAAGGUUAUAAAAAUAGUGCAUUGCAACAGCUAACCAUUAUAAUUAACAUGUAUUGGUAGCAUGGUGAGCACACUUAUGUCUUUGUUGCCCAGGCACAGAUUUUUGUUUGAUAGAAAUGUGGGAAUUCACCAGCCUGCACCACUUGUACAGUGUAUCACCAUCAUUACUUCAGCUCCAUUAAAGCACACCAAACACAAUGAUACAGUCUGGAUAGUAAGCUGCUGUAUUAAAGUGGUUCUGAGCAGCUGAGUGACCCAGACAGGCUCACUCUGACAUCUGCUCUUAAUCCCCGGGGGAGAUGAAUCACCAGCGGCUGCUGCAGGUCUUGAGGAGUUUUUGGUCGGUGAGAGGUAACUGUAAUUCCAGCCGAUCUUGAACUGUGUGUUUAGGUUAUAUUAUGCUUAAUUAAUCUCACACAGUCUCCUACAAUGAAAGGAAUAACUGAAGUAAUGAGUUAUGACAGUCAGCACACUGCGUACAGGCUGGUGGAUCGUCUGUAAUCAGGAUAAUUCUGCUCACUUUCAGAUGUUUCUGGUGAUCUGACUCUGAGGCUCUGACCUCAUUUUGAGUCAUGGUUUUCUCUUAAACACUUAACUGGUUGUUGAAGUCAACAUGGGCAAUAAUUCUGAGGAAAACUACACAGCAGAGAAGAGUGACAUAAUCUGAGUUCACAGGAAUACUGUUGCCAAAUGAACGAGCAAGAAAGAAAACGGUCUACAAUUUAGCAGACAGAAAAAAGAGAGAAAUUAAAGGUGACAGCUUUGAUUUAGGGAUUCCCUCAUCCUCAGUCUGUCUGUCUAGCAAAAUUGGCUCAUAUAGUCACAUAGUAAAGGUCAAGGAUCACAAUAACUUGAACGCUUAUUCAACUCCAACUGGGAAUAUCUUUAAAGUUGGUAGAAACGUCCACUUAAAGUCAAAGAUUAAAGGUCCUUAUACACCAGGGCUGACACAAAUAUGGAACGCGAAAUUACGAAAUAUUCAGAGGCGAAUUUUGAUGGGCCUGACUAUACACAUCAACCUCCUUCACCUCUGAUUGGCUAGAAAAGCUGGAAACGUCAUCACACACUCAAGCCAAACAGUCAGCCAAUCAGAGGCGAUAAGAUAAGCACAUGAAACUAUGGUAACAACCGUUAGCUUAUGUUAGCACAGAUGAAAAUUAAAACAAAGACGUUUAGCAAACUGUUAAAGCACACAAACCAUCGUCAUAUGAGAGAUCCGACGCUAUGACUCUCCACAAGUUGUCCUUAAGGUCGUUUUCUUUCAAAUAUGUUUGUAAACGAUCAUAAACAAUCAGCCGGUCAGCCAUGUGUGAAUCUGACGUUGAACAACACGAAAUCUGAUUGGUCAGAAGUGGACACACAGUAUGCAAAACUUUGGAAAAAAAAAAAUGCCGCAAUAUUGCAGGACGCGAAAACUAUUGACAUCCAAGAUAAUCGCACGUAAAAAACGGUCCCAGUGUGAAAGUGUUGAAAAUUUGGAAGCCAUACAACACCGUCUACACUCGGUGGUAUCCCAUCAUCCUUUGCUUUGUCCUCAGUUUGUGUACCUGUCUUAUCUGAUGUUAUGAUUAAGUCUAGUAUUGAUCACAGGCUCUGCAGAAAUAAUCGAACAUCUCUGGAAGCUGGAUUGAAGCUUUAGUUUGACUUUUUGUUGAGGCAUGAACAUUUGGAUAAUUUCAUCAUCUUCACCUCGCCCGAAAGUGUUACUAAGAGGAGCGUGUGAUAUUGUGUUGCAUGAUAUCAACUGCUGCAAAAAGCUGUUUCAUUUAAGGAAGUUCCAGCUGAGUAUACUUAAAUAUAGAAAAGGCGGUUCUUAAGUUUAGGACUGGCUCACUUCUGCAUGCAGAGAGUCUCAGCUGUAAGUGUCGGAUCUUUGCUGCUCUGACGUGACGUUUACAUCUAAAUGUUUGGACGUGUUUCAGGACAUUGUGUGUCUCUCUGAGCCCUGAUGGUCCGGUAGAGUUUUAAUGACUCCAUGGUUGAUGACGGCCAUCAUUACAGCUGCCCUGAACUGCUGCAGAAAAGUGACUCAUGAAUGUGACUCACCAGCCUGAAUGAACAGUACGCUUCCUGUCUGGACGGCCUCAUUGGAGAGUUUGUCACUUGGAUUUUUCAGCCUGUUGGCCCAGUCAUAAAAUACAGUCAGUGAUCAACAUGGACUUUUAAAGUAUCUGUGAAACUUUGCUGUAAGGAAAGACACACACUGAGGAACCUUUACUGAAGAUGAGCAGUCAUUCAUUCAGAGCUUCAGACAAACAUUUGGACUUCUUCAAGACGCUCAAGCACUUAUUUUGGGUCUUUUUGAAUCCUAAAGACUUUCUGAGGUCUUCGUCUUUACUUCUGUUUGACAGAGGCAAUGACAGAAACCAAACUCCACUGCAAUCUGGAGUUGAGGUUUAUAUUUCCUCUGAAGACAAAACAGAGAAGUAGGUAGACGUGUAACCUCUUCAGUGAUCACCCUCAAAAUAACCAUUAAUGCUGAACAGUAUACCGGUUUGGGUCAAAUCAUACCGCCAUCCAAACAGCAUCUUUUUCAGGAAAUACCGCACAUAUUUCACUAAGACGACGUCAGCUUCUUUUCUAUAACACAUGACUUCAUCUACAACAGCAUGAAGAUAAUCUGACCGGCCUGCAGUCAGAUGACUUUUCAUCUAUUGAAAACAUCUGGAAUAUCAUGAAAUGAAAAUAUGACAAAAGAAAGCUGUUGAGUGAUCUGACAUCAGGCUUUUCACUCACAAUACUCUAAGAACUGGUCUCCAAAGUUUUAUGAAGCAUUUUUUAAUAAAGAGAUGAUGCAAAACAGCAACUGUCACAACUUUUCAAAACUUGGAGCUGGUAUCAAUCAGAUUCAAUGAAAAAUGACUUAAAGGGAUACUCUGUCGUAAAUUUAAGUUAUGGUUAAACACACUGUAACACAGAGUUAGAAACCCCCUCCAGAGAUGAAUGUUGCAGACCGCUUGCUUCUCUAGUUAUACCAACUUUAGUAACGACCGCACGAUAGCAAUACACAGCGGUCUACGUCUCCACGUGCAAACUUCAAUCAAAACGCCACUCUAUAGCCCCAAAUAAUGCUCAGAACAGCACCUAACUUCAUCAACAGUACAUAUAGAGUCCCAGCCAUAGUACUAGCCACCAAACAUCUUUUUAGCUUUGCCUGAUUUCUUUAGCAGAGAGACUAAACACAACUUACCUACUCUCUUCCAGCAGCCGCUUGUUUGUGGGGGAACCCUGACGAGUCGAAUCAGCGAGUGCAGCGGAUCAUUUCCAUGAAGUUAUAAUCAUAAAUGUUCUUCAUUGAGCUGCGAAACUCCGCUGCACUCUGUAAUCGACUCUUCAGGGCUCCUCCACAAACAAGCGGCUGCUGGAGGAGAGUGGGUGAGUAGUCGGCAACAUUCAUCUCUCGAGGGGUUGUCUAACUCGAUGUUAUGGUGUGUUUGACCAUAACUUAAAUUUACGCUGGAAUAUCCCUUUAAGAUGAUUUGGAAACCUGAAAAUUCUGUUUUUAUCGACAUUGUAACACAGCACCCUAAAUUUUGGGGUUUGGGGUUUGAAGUAUGAAAUCUUCUGUUACCAAAACAAUAUAUUUAUCACAGAUUUAUAAGGAAUAGCCUGGGUUUGACAUUUUUCUCAGGCAGCUACCUCAUAUUUCAACUCAGACAAGAAUAAUAUUCAUAUUUGUUUUCUCUAUAAAGGAACAUUGUAAGAAAAAUGAAGCAAAAACAUUAUUAAUUUAGAAAAAAUCUCACAGAUUUAACCUUUGAGGAUUUACAGAGAAAAAGAACCAAAAAAAAAAAACUUCGAUUUAAAGAAGUUACACAUAAACACAAACAUACAAAAGCGCAUGAGUGAAAUGGAGGGAAACAAUCGAAACAUUCAUCAGAACAGGAGAGCUCUCACUUGUUUUCCAAUUUAUUAACAGAUUGACAGAAGUUGAUAAAAAAAAGUUUAACAUCAUGAAGUUUUCUUUACUCUGCCUGUAAAAAUCUUUUCCAGUUUUGCUCAGAGCUUGGCAGAGAUCCACCGCCGUGUCCCCCACUUUAAUCGUGAUAACAAAUCACAGCGAUAAACUCUCUUCUUAACGGCACCCUGGGGAGGAGAGUCUCUGCGCGGCUCUGUGGGGUCUGAAGGACGCAGAAAUGUUGUCAUGUUGGCUCGGCUCUUAAGAAACAGGAGUCACCGUCUGCAUUCCUCAGCAGUGAGUGCGUUUUGGGUCAAAAACAUCUUCUGACAAAAGAGCUGCCUGCUGGGAUCCCACAAAGCUUUCACCAUCAUUGAGCAGACGCCCAUAUAUGGUCAAACAGAGCAGUAAUGGCUCCAGGCUGUGAGGGCGAGAGAAAGGGAUGCAGAUGGAAAGAGUCAAGAGAAAGCAUUUAACCCGUUGGGGAUUAAUUAAUCAAAAUUUCUGAAAUCAAAUCCUUUCUUGAUUCAUAAAUCAGAUUUUCUUAUUCAGCACAGCUUUAAUUCAAAAAACUAUGUGAAAUUUGUCCAAACCGCUUGCCUUAAACCUCAGAAUACCUUGUCAGUGUCAAAUCAAUCAAAACCAACUCUUGUCAGCUCUUGUAAUCUCUCGUAUUUUGUGUUUUCAGGUGACCCUCGGGCACGAGUUUGGCGCUGGAGCCGCCUGCUUGAAAUGCAAGGACAAGUGUGAAGGCUUUGAGCUGCACUUCUGGAGGUUUGUUUGAGCAGAAAGGAACCAUCACUGACAGACGCAAGUGGGGUCAAAAACACCAAAUCAGCAAGACGAGCUUUGUUGCAUGAGGGGUUUGGGGAAAUAAAUUGCACAAAAUAAGAAACGAAAGAGCAAGAACGUUCAAAGUCCUGCAGCAUCUCAAGUUUCAUCUCACUGCACAGUUUAUGAAGCUCCGUCUGAGGUUAACUGGAGUCUUCAGAGCAGCCACAUCAAGCAUGAGAGUCAUGCUGAAACACGCUUGCCAGUCAUAAAUUAUGUCAGAGUUACUCGACAAAUAUGAGCUCGCUGUGUCGAGGCAUGUGAGAAGAGAAGGUUUCUGAGUUUCACACUGUGAAUGUGCAUUUCUUAUUGGGAAAACAUCACAGCAACGUUGAUUGUGAUUGGAAAAAAAACAAAAGGGAGAGUUUUUGUUGAGAAAUAGUGUCUUCAGAAAGUGCAAAGGAACACAAGUUUUCCUUAAAGGUCCUAUUUUGUUUGGAUCACAUGACUUGUGAUGUUUUGAACAGACCGUACGUUAGUUUGUCUGUCAAUACUUUUACAUCAUAUCAAGCAUUUACCACAGGAAUAUAAAGACUUAUUCAGGAUACUCAGACACUUUUAUUCAUAUUAAAAGUAGGGGUGUCCCGGUACAACUUUUUUACUUCCGAUACAAUACCGAUAUUGUAGCCUUCAGUGUUGGCGGAUACUGAUAUUGCUCCGAUAUUGGCACAAACUUGUGCAUGACAAGUUUUGCACUCAGCUGUAACAUCUUUUUUGGACUCCUACUCCCUGCUACUUUGUUAGAGCCUUAGUACACACUGUUGUUGCAUGCUGGAUCCGGGUUCUGCUACAUAGAAUAGAUAGAAUUCUGCUAAAUAGAAUAUCCAAAUCGGAUCAGGACAUCCCUGGUUAAAAGUGCACAAUUUAGGAUAUUUCCUGCAUAAGAUAAGAACUUCAAAUACGUUGAGAGUCUGAUGUAAAAAACCUAAUUACCUUUCUUCUCCUCUGCAGGAAGAUCUGCAGGAACUGUAAAUGUGGCCUCACGGAGCACAACGUGCAGAUGAACUCAGAGGAGAACAAAAAGGUGGGGAAGCUGUUCGAGGACACCAAGUACACCGGCCUCAUCGCCAAGCUGAAGAAAGACGGCGUCCCCACCUACAAGGGCAACAUGGUGACCGUCACUCUGCCCUGCCCCGCCACUGCCCAUGUUUUACCUCCCAGUUCGAUCUCCACAGUGGUACGGCCCUCUGCGGCAGCUGGCUCUGUGCAGCCCGCUGGAGCUGCUGCAGGUUUAGCACCCAACAGUGGUGCAGCUCAGGCGCCAGGACAAGCUCCAGGACAAGCUCCUGGUCAGGCUCCAGGACGGGUUCCAGGACUGGCUCCAGGUCAGGCUCCAGGUCAGGCUCCAGGACAGGCUCCAGGACAAGCUCCAGGUCAGGCUCCAGGAAUGGCUCCAGGACAGGCUGUAUCAGCUGGUCUCACACCUGUCAAGGCGAACACAGUGCCGAUUUCUGUUGGCACCACAUCAGCCAACACUGUCCAAGUCCCCAAAGACGUGCCAAUGACGUCUGUCACCUAUGAGUGGGCCCCACCUGUAGCCAAUAAGUACACGGUAAGAGUUUUUAUGAAAUUAUUUGUUGGUAAAAGUCAUGACGUGGCGAGCUCACAUAUCUGGAAAAGCACCUUUAAUGCAGACCCAGAAGACCCAGAACUGUAAAACAACUCGUUUCUCUUUCAAAACUCCAGAAUCUGGUCUUCUUGGUUCCCAAACAUUCACAGUGUUGUCAGAAGAAGUUCCCUUUUGUUAUUGUCUCAUUAUGAAUUGUUCGGCUGAGUGAUUGCAACUACUUUACUUUACUAUAUAAUGCAUAUCAAGAAAUCUGGACGCGUCUGCAAGAGUGCAAAAUAACCCUGGAGAGUAGGGCUGGAAAAUUUACCAAUACUGAAAUUUAUGACAGUAACCAACGUCAUUUUACCCAUAUCAGUAUAUUUAGUGUGGUAGGCUAUGGUCUCAUGUCCCUUUAAGACGCUGCCCUACGUCAGAGACGUGACUCCACCCCAUCCAGUCUGUAACAAAGAGGGAAAGACAGGUGAGGAGAUGGAGGACGGUUCAAAAGUUGUAGCGGCUGAAGUAGACGAAGUUAAUGUGGGAGGGGGUGAGCAGCAUGUGGAGUAGUUAUCAUCCAUUAAUCGUUAUGGAGGUGAACUGAUCAAUAUAUUGUGAUACUGAUUUGAGGCCAUAUCGCCCAGCCCUACUGGAGAGCUUAGAAAACUUCUUCACAUACUGACCCUAAAAUCAUUUUUCUAACAGUUUUUGUUGAGCACUGGCGUUUAACUUGACUCAGCUGUUCAUUUGUGACAAAUUGUUUAUAAGUGAGAGUUUUAUUUACUGUCUUUAAAUCUGUUAUUUCAGUUUAUUCAGCCUAUUGUGUCAUUUUAUUUAUCUCUAGUGUGGACUGAGUUUCUGGAAGUCCUGUAUCCUUCUGUUUAGUCUACCCCUGCAGCUGUAUCUUUGUUUUGUGUGUCUAUCCAACCACAAAUCCCUUUUUUAAAGAUUAUUUCAACAAAUCCUAGCACUCUUUGUCCUGAUUGGUCCUCAGCAUCUCUCUGUCCUUCAUACAGUCCUUCUCGAACCACCUGCAGGUUAACACUUCCCUCCUUUUUCAUUCUGACUCCAGGCGGUGCGUUACAUCGAGCUGCUCCCCCCAGAGAAACGUCCUGUGGCCGGUACAGUGGGGGCCGAUUAUCGCCGGCAGCAGAUGGCCUGCCAGCUCCCCGAGCACGACCAGGACCCGUCCAUGUGCCACGAGCUGAGCCCCGCCGAGGUCAAACAGAUGCAGCAGUACGUCCGCAAGUACAAGGACGAGGCUCUGGGAGUGGGAGACGUCAUGCUGCCUGAAGAAAUGGCUCUGCUCCAGGCUCAAGGGCAGGGUGGAGUUGCUACCGGGGGUGGAGGGCCAGGGUUUGGACCUGGAGGUGGUGCUGGUGCUGGAGCUGGAGGGCCUGGGGUUGCAGCAGGUAGUGGUUCUGGGCCAGGGGCUGCAGGCUCUGGUGUCGGAGGAGUUGGUGCUGGCUUUGCACCUGGAGCAGGGGGCAGGGGGACCGGAGUUGGAGUUGGACCAGGUGGUGUUGGUUCAUUAUCAGGUCCUGGUACUGGACCAUCUGCUGGUUCUGGAGCAGGAGCUGGAGCCGUGGGUACUGCUGCUACAGCUGGAGCCAUGGGGGGUCCUGGUGCUCAGCAAGCCGGACUACCUCAACAAGCCUUUGUGAGUAUAUUCUAGAUGUCCUUUCACUUUUCUGUACGUGUUUAUUUUACUGGGAUCCAGACAGACCAGUCGGUAAAACCAGUGAAAAUAAAACACUCUAGAUGAACAGUAACAGUCUUGGCGAUGGAUCAGCUGAUAGCAGAGGGGAAUUGUUGACACAGACACACCCUCGGUAUGUGGAUCAAACUCAGGCCCUCAUCAUAGCAGGAAUCCAGUCUGCAGAAACGUCACAGCUGAUCCUUUCUGUCUCAAAGGUGAUGAACUGGUCUGCAUGGAAACCUGCAGUAUAUGAGAUACAAAACAUAUAAUUAGAAGCUAUAGGGGGAUUUUCUUAAAUAUGCAUUUUUAGCUGUAAAGGUCCCGCAGUAAGCAAAUCUGCAGAUCCAGUGUGAAGGUUAAACCCAUGAGUUUAGUCACAGUGUCACAAAAGUCAUGCCAAACGGUAAUUUAGGCAGCCUUUCUUGACUAAAUAAGCGGUGACAACUUUUUUUUAGUUCUUCCCCUUUUUUGGCAAAAAAAAAAAAACCUGCACAAGUUUCAGAGUCGGGGCUGUUGUUGUCUUUGUAGCAGACAGAGGAACAUUUCCAAACAGCACUGCUCUGUAAUGUGUUCAAACAAACUUAAUUUGGGCUUGCAAUGCUCCAAAAUACAGCCUCUUCUUCUGGGCUGCAAACCCACAUCACACUUUGAAUCACACAUCUACAUUUUGUUCUUUCCUAUAAUUGUUCCUUUCAAAAUAAAAGACCUUUAAUAAACAUCAUUCAUUUCUGCUACGUACCAAUUUUCACCCAUUAAUCCCUGAGAUUUAUACUAUAUCAUAAUCUGACUCUUGAACCUGUGAUUAAACCCGAAUAUGGAGUAAAUUUGAUCACUAGAUGAACAACUCAAUAAACAAAUGAGAGCUGUUUUUAUAAAGAUGCACUCUACAGUGGUGACAGUGAAACCACAGUCUCUGCAGCUUCAUAAAAACCGUGUAAGUCCUCAACUUUCCACUAGGUGGAGACAUAAGACAGACCUUGAGUCAGGCUGUGCCACACAGGAUGAAAAAUAGUGAUUCAAUUACAGGUCAUGAGUCACAACUUGUGCUUUCUUUUAAGCCUCAUCAUUUCCAUCUGCUGUCAGCUUAUUUUUUUUUCAGUAUGGCCUCUUAUAGUUUAUUUCUGCUUCUAGUUUAGCGGUGACUCAUGAGCGAAAAAGGCUCUUGAAAUUGAGACAAGAUGCAGUAGGAGUUAUGCAAAAGUAAUGAGAAGCAUUAGCUGAGUUUUUUCUCCUUUAAGCUUAAGUUUCUUAUAGAUUUUUUUCCCCUAGUUUUUGGUUCUUUGCUUCAUCGUCCUCCAUGAUCUCUGACAGUAACCAUGACUUCACACGGUCAAAGAAUCACUCUUCUCCCCUGGCAGGCAGUGUCUUAAAGGGAUAUUCUGGCAUAAGUUUAUGUUAUGGUCAAACACACUGUAACACCAAGUUAGACACACCCUCGAGAGAUGAAUGUUGCCGACUGCUUGCUCCUCUAGUUAUAACAACUUUAGUAACAACCGCACGAUAGCAAUACACGUGUUCUGAGGAGCCAUAAACAGACUUCAACCAAGAAGCCACAAAUAAUGCUCAGAGCAGCACCUAACUUCAUCAACAGUACAUAUAGGGUCCCAGCAAUAGUACUAGCCAUCAAACAUCUUUUUAACUUUGCCUGAUUUCUUUAGCAAAGAGACCAAACACAACUCACCCACUCUCCUCCAGCAGCCGCUUGUUUGUGGGGGAGCCCUGACGAGUCGAUCACCAAGUGCAGCGGAGUUUCGCAGCUCAAGGAAGAACAUUUAUGAUUAUUACUUCAUGGAAAUGCAAUCAGGACUCUACACAGUCCAGUUACCUGUUUUGGAUUCUUCAAGAAAACCACUGUGUAUUGCUAUCAUACGAUCGCUAUUAAAGUUGGUAUAACUAGAGAAGCAAGCAGUCGACAACAUUCAUCUCUUGAGGGGGUGUCUAACUUGGUGUUACGGUGUCUUUGACCAAAACUUAAAUUUACACCGGAAUAUCCCUUUAAGAUCUUUGUAUGAGCUUAUUGCUAACUGCAACUUUACCAGCAGUCAUCUCCUCUGAAUUAGCGGCACCAGCUUCUCAUCACAGUGAACUGAAGGGGAGAUUCCAAAAUGUGCCAUUUUUUCCAGGUUCAAAGGCAGAAAGUUGAAAUAUUUCCUGACCUAUUUUUUUUUUUUUUAGAAGAAAGGAGGUCUGCUCGACUUUGAAACCGACUCAAAGAGAGGAAUAUUGCUCAUUGUGUUAUCGUCUGAAAGUCCUGGAAGUCCUGAACAUAUUUCUUUGUUAUGGCUGAAGGAGAUGAAAGAAAUCGUUUAUGAGGCAGGAUGUUAACGACUGCUCCAACACAAUAUUUGUGCACCUACAUUGUUAAUUCCUUGUAUUGGUCCAUUACAAACAUGCAUGAUGAGUCAUUAAUAUGACAACUGAGUAACAAUUUAGCGAGAACAAAGUGACGCUGAAACAAGAAGAAACUGCGAAAAUAAUCAAUCAACACUUGAUUAAGUGAUCAAUCAGCCAGACCUCGAAUUGUUUUCCAAAGUUCAGUAAACUUGAACUCUGGGAUCUUUGGUGGGCCGUUUUAAUCAUUUUUGGACAUGUUUUUGGCGUAAUCAUCAUCUGAUGGAUUAAAAAGUCUUUUAGGAAUCAUAAAUCAUGAUAGCUUUGUCCACAGGGGGCGCCAAAUACCACAUGAUUCAAAAAUUCCUCAUAGGAUCUUUAAGUGAUUAAUCAUACAAACCAUCUUGUCUUCUUCAUUUCCUCUCCAGAACUGCCGUCACUGCCAACAGCCGAUGAAACGGGGCGACCCAGCCGUGUACGCGGAGCGAGCCGGUUAUGACAAGCUGUGGCACCCGGCGUGUUUCGUGUGUUGCACGUGUAACGAGCUGCUGGUGGACAUGAUCUACUUCUGGAAGAAAGGGAAGCUGUACUGUGGACGCCACUACGGAGACAGUGAGAAGCCGCGCUGUGGAGGCUGUGAUGAGGUAACAGAUUAAGAUUCAAGACUUAAGAUUGUAAGAUGAACUUUGCAUUAAUCAUCGUAUAAAAGAUGGAUGCAGAAUAAGAUAAAGUCCCUUAAUGCUGCACAAGGUUGGUAGCACUCCUCACCUCUCUGUUCUGAUGUGUGUCCACAGCUGAUCUUCAGUAAUGAGUACACUCAGGCUGAAGGACAGAACUGGCAUCUGAAGCACUUCUGCUGUUUUGACUGUGAUUGUAUUCUGGCCGGAGAGACGUACGUCAUGGAGAACGACAAGCCGGUCUGCAAGCCGUGCUACAUGAAGAACUACGCCGCGGUGAGACAGACUCUCUGUUUGUUUGAAUACUUGACAUUUCAGUGUUUCUCUGAUCAAGGAUGUUUUGCAAAAGCGGGAUUUGGGCAGUUUCAGUCAGUCACAGUAUUCAUCCCAAAGAGGCUCAACUCCUGACUCUAUACAGAUGCGUGCCUGUGUAAAGAUUUAUGUCAAGUAUUAAGCUUCAUGUCAUUAGCGAGAGAAUUAAGCUGUCGUUGUUGAUCAGGUUAGAAAAAUGUAGAUGCUGUAUAUUCAAGAACAAUGUGAUAUGACUUGUUUGUGAUUUUCUCAUUUAAUUAAAGAGAGCUGAUCAAAUUGGAGAGGGUAAAACUGUUCACAUAACAAAAAUGUAAAUAAAAGGGUAAAAAUUCAGACAUUUGAUGGAUUUGUGGCUUAACGUCAUUCUUCUCUUUGUCGUCACAGAAUUGCAUGUCCUGUCAGCGAGCGGUGGAGCCGGAGGAAGAGAGGGUUUCGUACGGCGGUCACCACUGGCACGCCGCACCCGACUGCUUCAAAUGCUCCGGCUGCUCCAAGUGCCUGAUGGGUCAGCGCUUCAUGGUGGUGAAGACCCACCUCUUCUGCUCCGUGGAGUGCAAGAAGAAAAUCAUGACUUAGAGAGCCAAAAAACACGCCCUCCAUCUUCUCCACAACCACUUGUGAAACCAGGACAGGCAGAGCAGGAAGAAAGCUGGAGCAGUGAGAACGCCUGAUAGUUUUUAUAAAAUUAAUAUCGACAAUAAUAAAUCCAUCUGUUUUGAGGUGUUCUCGCUCGAUAACUCUGUCUUGACUUGACGCCUGAACUUCUGACUUCCCGUUUGCCUUAAAACCACUUGUUUUGUUUUUUUAACAACUAAAUUUUGUUGCUUUUCUUGCACUGUUUCUUCUUCCUGUUGAGAUUAGUUUUGUAUUGUUUUGGACUUUUGCCUUAAAACUUCUUUAUUUGAAUAAAAAAAAACUCCUGAUCUGUGCAGCGAUAGGAUGAGUGAGAUUAGCCAUAUGAGGUUGACUGUCCUCCCACUGCACUGUAUCACAGAUCACACUAAUAUGAAUUUGAUGAAUAAAACUCAAACAUGGUGUCUUUAUCUAAAGUAUUUCUAACAGUAUGAAACCUUCCAGUAUAGACCAGCAGCUACAGAUCUGUGAUUUACAAACAGCAGCAGUGACGCUAAAUGAUGAAAUUACACUAUGUGAAUGUCAGACAUUUCUAAUGUUUUCUCUAAUGGGUCUAAUUAGAAGACCAAAGUACCAGGAUGUGGGUUUUAAUAACAACAUUUAAUGAAUCCAUAACUUUAUAUUGUCGUAUGAAAUAUCCUGCUACUCAAAUUUGAUUGUACAGCUGUUUUCUUUGAUUAUUAGUAGUCUCAGGUGCCCCUGAAAAAUGACUGUUAGUAUUAGUUUAAGGAGAAUAAUAACAGAUACAUGUAAAAAGUAUUAAAGGUGAAGAUCACCUGAUUUGUUUCUGUAAUUACUCUGAGCUCCUGCAUCUUUAUUCAGGUUUACUUGGAUCGGCCUCCUUGAUUCUGAUGGAUGUCUGACUGUUCAUCUGUUUAAAAGCAAUAACUGCAUGUUUGCCAUCGUGCCCAAAAAACACUGGAAAUUAUACCAACGUGAACUUUUUUUGUUUUUGAGCUUUGUACUUUCGUUUCAAGCAAUAAACUGCACUUUAAAUCAGGUUU